AGGAAAUGGGCAACAGAGUGGCCGCAACGGCGGAUCCGGGGCGCGGCCAUCCCCGCCCCCACCUGCUCCGCGUUCUCCGAUCCCUCCCCCACCCGCACCCCACCACCACGACGCCGGAGAAGAAACCCGCAAGAAACGGUGGAAAAAAUAAUUAGAAAAACCAAAAAUUCAAAUCAAAGUCUCCCACAGCCAGCGACGAAAACGCUGCGACAAUUCAAAUCGAAUCCACCCGAAUCGAAUCGAGCCAGCGCAAACCCCCCGGCCGAUCCCCCCCGUGCUCUCGCCGCCGCCCGCCCACCGAUUCCGUAGCGCCUUGCUGCGAAUCUGGGCGCGAUUUCGGGGCGCUAGGGUUUGGGAGGCUCUGGAUCGCGGGGCCGCGCGGAAGGUAGGGUUUGGAUUGGAUUCGGGCCUGCUGCUGAGGAUUGCGAGGCGUGCUGGAUCGAGCUACUCCGAGCCAGCUUGUGAUGGUGGUGAGAGGAGGCGGGAGGCGAGUAGGCGGCGGCGGAGCUGGCAGCGGCGGCGGUGAGUAGGGUCUGCUGAUUGGGUUUGGGGCCGAGGGCGCGCGCCGGCCAUGGUGCGGCUUCUCGGGCUGCGGAGCCUGAGCUUCGGGCCGGAGGAGUCGCCGCGGGAGAUCCCCUCCGCCGCCGACGCCGCCCCGCCCGUCGGCAGCAGCGGCUGGCUUGUGCGCUUCUUCGACUCCGCCUUCUUCUGCGAGUGGAUCGCCGUCAGCUACCUCUACAAGCACGACCAUGCCGGCGUGCGCGACUACCUCUGCAACCGCAUGUAUACGCUCCCGCUCCCGGGCCUCGAGGCCUACCUCUUCCAGGUCUGCUACAUGCUCGUCCACAAGCCCAGCCCGUCCCUCGACCGUUUCGUCAUCGACACCUGCGCCAAGUCGCUCCGCAUCGCGCUCAAGGUGCACUGGCUCCUCGCCGCGGAGCUCGAGCUGGAUGAUGCUGAUGACCUGGAUGGGAUUGAUAAGGUGCAGGAGCAGUGCCAGGUUGCAGCCACCGUGCAGGGUGAGUGGCCGCCGCUGGUCCGGCCUGCGCCACCAUCCCCUGCUGCCAGUCCCCGAGGCAACCCCAUGCUUAGCAGAAUACGGUCGUCGAAACAGCGGCUGUUGUCCCUUGCGUCAUCCCCGUCGCUUGGCCUGAGCCCCCCAGCCGGUGGUGGGGCCAAUGUGGCAGCUCCAGAUGAUGCUGUAGGUAAUGGAGGGAAGCAGCCAGCCACACCAUCAUCGGAGGAUAACAAGCUGCUCAGGAGGCUGAGCAUUGGGCCGAAGAUGCGUGAUGCGCUGCUCUUCAGGCGAUCUGGAGAGAAGGAUGAAGAACAGGACCGGGAUGGAUUUUUCAAGAGGCUUCUUAGGGACAGCAGGGACAAGGAGGAAGAAGAUGGGGACAGGGAAGGAUUUUUCAAAAGGUUACUGAAGGAUAGCCGGGACAAGGAACAUGAGGAGGAAGAAGGGGAUAAAGAUGGUUUCUUCCGCAGAUUGCUAAGGGACAGCAAGGAGGAGGACAUGGAGCUAACGCCAGGUUCUGAAGGACUGUUAAAGAGAUUCUUCCGUGAUAAAGAGGAUAGACAAGGUGAGGAUGAUGAGAAGGAAGGCUUUUUCCGCAGGAUGUUCAAGGAUAAGAACGAGGAGAGGAGAGACAGCAUUCAUGCUAGACAUGGGGAUGAGGAUAGAGGGGGCAAGAGUCUGGAGGAUGAUGAGAGAGAAGGUUUCUUCCGUAAGAUAUUUAAAGAGAAGAAUGAGGAGAGGAAAGAUGGUGCACAUAGUAAGCAGGAUGAGAGGGAAAAGGCUGGUGCAAACAUAGAAGAGGACAAGAGAGAUGGUUUCUUUCGGCAACUCUUCAAGGAGAAAAACGAUGAAAGAAAGGAAGGAAGUACGCUAGGCAAGAAAGAGGAAGAUGAGAAAGGCCAUAAGAAUGCAGAUGAUGAUAAUUUUUUCCGCAGGCUUUUCAAGGAUAAGAAUGAAGAAAAGAAAGGAGCUUCUCAUGACAGGAAUGAGGAUGAUAAAUUCGAGGAAGGUGAUAAGGAAAAUUUCUUUCGCAAAUUGUUCAAGGACAAGCAUGAAGAGAGGAGAAUUGAGGGGCUUGAGAAAAAUGAUGAUGAUGGUAGGAGCAUCAAUGGUAUUGAAGAGGAAGAUAAUUCAGAGUUCUUGUCAUUCCGUAGGUUGUUUAGAGUGCAUCCAGAAGAUGCUAAGGGUGGACAUAUAGAAAGUAGUCAACCCAACAAUAUUUCAGAGGGGAGCCCAGGAUCAGAAAGCUUUUUUAAGAGGCUAUUUCGUGAUAGAGAUCGUUCACUUGAAGAUUCUGAGCUUUUUGGCUCAAAGAAACACCCUGGUAGCACAGGAACUAAUGAGAAGCAAAGAGGAAAACCACCUUUACCAAACAAUGCCAUAGCAGAACUUCGAAAAGGUUCUUACUAUGCUUCAUUGGAGCUUGUUCAAGCUUUAUGUGACACAUCUUAUGGUCUGGUAGACAUAUUUCCCAUCGAAGAUCGUAAGAUUGCUCUUCGGGAGUCUCUUACUGAGAUCAAUUCCCAGAUUGCUUCUGCUGAGAAAAAUGGAGGAGUUUGCUUUCCAAUGGGAAAAGGCAUUUACCGAGUGGUUCAUAUACCUGAGGAUGAGUGUGUUCUUCUUAACUCUAGGGAAAAAGCUCCUUAUCUUAUAUGUGUUGAAGUUUUAAAAGCAGAAGCACCAAGUCACUCUAAAGGAUCAUCAGAUGCACACAAGCUGUCAAAGGGUGGGAUACCCUUGGCUAAUGGAGAUGUCCAAUUACCAAAACCACCUCCAUGGGCAUAUCCUUUGUGGAGUCGGCAUGAUACACAAAAUUAUGAAACAGACAGAACGCUGAAGUCAACCUCUCAGGUUAUUGAUCAAGCAAUGGCUCAACUCUGGGAGACCAAAGUUAAAUUUGUAAAUGUUAGUUUCUCAGUUGAGAAACUUGGUCGUUCAAGGAGCCUAGCGAUCUCUGACACCGGGUGUAGGCUACGACAUGCAAAAACUGAUUCUCAUGAUCCUCCAGAAGAUUCCCAGGCAAUUGAUGAUCAGCCAAUAGAAUGGAUUAAAGUUACUUUGUCUGCAGUUCCUGGAGUAAACAUGGAUGACGUAGAUGAGAAUGAGCCCACACGCAAGAAGGAUCAUCGGCGUGUCCCUAGUACAAUUGCCAUUGAGGAAGUCAAGGCUGCAGCACUAAAAGGCGAAGCACCACCUGGUCUUCCACUUAAAGGAGUUGGGCAGAGCAGCCAAAAUUUAGAUUCUAAGGCCCCUGAUGGUGGGGAUCCAAAACCAACUGAUGCUUUGGCUGGUGAGCUUUGGGCUGUCAAGAAGGAGAGAAUACGCCGGUCUUCAGUUCAUGGAAAAUCACCUAGUUGGGACUUGCGUUCUAUUAUUGUCAAGAGUGGUGAUGACUGCCGUCAGGAACACUUGGCUGUGCAGCUUGUUGCACACUUCUAUGACAUAUAUCAAGAAGCGGGUUUGCCACUUUGGCUGCGGCCUUAUGAAGUUAUUGUGACUUCUGCUUAUACAGCACUGAUUGAGACUAUACCUGAUACGGCAUCAAUCCAUUCCAUCAAAAGUAGGUUUCCCAAUAUCUCAAAUCUCCGUGACUACUAUGUGGCUAAGUAUGAAGAAAAUUCUCCAAAUUUCAAACUUGCACAGAGAAAUUUUGUGGAAAGCAUGGCAGGAUAUUCGAUUCUAUGCUACCUACUCCAGGUCAAAGAUCGCCACAACGGAAAUCUUCUGAUAGAUGAGGAAGGACAUAUUAUUCACAUUGAUUUUGGUUUCAUGCUAUCAAACUCUCCUGGUGGUGUAAAUUUUGAGAGUGCGCCAUUUAAGCUGACAAGGGAGCUCCUUGAAGUGAUGGAUUCUGAUGCAGAGGGAACUCCCAGCGAGUUCUUUGACUACUUCAAGGUGUUAUGCAUUCAAGGUUUCCUAACUUGUCGGAAGCAUGCAGAGCGUAUUAUACUUCUUGUAGAAAUGUUACAGGAUUCUGGCUUCCCAUGCUUUAAAGGUGGUCCUCGCACUAUACAAAACUUGAGAAAGAGGUUCCACUUGAGUCUCACUGAAGAGCAAUGUGUAUCCCUGGUCCUCUCGCUGAUCAGUAGCAGCAUGGAUGCUUGGCGCACCCGGCAGUAUGAUUACUACCAGAGAGUAUUGAAUGGGAUUUUAUGACAUCUGCCCACAGGAGUGCCACUCUUUCCGAAACCAUUUUCCUUGUAUACUUGGGGGGCAAACUAUGGGAUCACAUAGGUCAGUUUGGGGCUGAUCUAUAUGCGCAUCCCACCUCGAUUUCUAAGAGCGAUCCAGGUAAUUGAGCACUGUAUUUUCCUGUGUUAUUGGGUGCAUUGGUGGCCAACUAUGGGAAACAGAAUGGUGCCUGCAUUGUACUGCGUGUGAUUGCUCCCUCUGACAGAGUUGAGAAGUGUAUAGUCAUCGGCAGUUAUCUAGUUAGUGCUUCGUGCUAGGAGGUUGCUCCUGGGUGGAGCUCUAUUCUUCAUAUUGGAAUCUGGAACCCGAGCUGCAUUGCUGUACAGACCCUUGAUUGACGUAGCUUGGACAGGAUGGUAGGAGAUGACCGAGCCAUACUUGAAGCAAACAAGUGUAAAUUAUAGGCAUAUUUGGAGCUGGGGAUCGUCCGGGGACAAGAGCAGAUUCUGUGAUUUUGGAAUUGUUGUCCUGAUGCCCUUGGCAUCCCUAUAGCCCCAGAGUAGAUGAUGUGCUUGCUGCAUUUGUAAAUUACCGUUACUGUACAGGGCUCAUAUGCUAUAGGAGCUUUCUGUUUUUUGAUGCAUUUUUUUUUGUUAAGGUUGAUUCCUUCUGUUGUCGGUGUAUAAACUCUAAAGUGACAUUUAGCCAUUUAUUAGGUGAUAGCUUGUUGCCUAGUGGUAUGAUCAGUGUUUGGAAAUUUGCUUUUGGGCUUUUGCGAAGUGCAACUCAGAAUUCUGUAUGUUAACCCCCUAUUGCGAAGUACUUUUUGGUAUGUGUU